AUGACAAAUUAUUUUAUUGCAUUUAUAAGUGGUGUUAUACUAUCUAUAUAUUAUUAUUUUGUGUUAAAUUAUUUCUCUCAGUUUAAAUCGAUUGAAUCAUUUCCACCACCAUAUUAUCCACUAGCGAAAGAUCAACCCAAAUUAGCUAGUAAUCAAUAUUUAGAUAAAAUAUAUCCAUCAGAAAAUAGGAAACAAUUAGGGAAAGAAAAUGCUACCAUGGUAAUGUUAGUGAGAAAUAUUGAAUUGGAAGGAGCUUUACAAUCAAUACGAUCAUUAGAAGAUCGAUUUAAUCGAGAUUAUAAAUAUCCUUGGAUUUUUUUUAAUGAUGAACCAUUUACUGAAGAAUUUAUUGAGAAAACUACAUUAAUGGCUAGUGGUGAAACUUUUUAUGAAUUGAUUCCAACCGAAGAUUGGCAACCUCCAUUAUUUAUUAAUGAAACAAAAUUACAAGAAAAUUUAAAUAAUUCUAAAACUAAUGUUAUUUAUGGUGGAAUUAGAUCUUAUCGUAAUAUGUGUCAUUUCAAUUCUGGAUUUUUUUAUAAACAAAAAAGAUUAUUAAAUUAUGAUUGGUAUUUCCGAGUUGAACCAAAUGUUGAAUAUAUGUGUGAUUUUCAAUAUGAUCCAUUUGAAUUUCUUCGAAUUAAUAAUAAAAUAUAUGGAUUUAUUAUUGCUAUUACUGAAUAUGAAAAUACUAUUCCUAAUUUAUGGUCUACAGUGGAAUCAUUUAUGGAAAAAUAUCCCGAAUUAAUUCAUCCAAAUAAUGCUAUUGAAUUUUUAAUUAGUAAAGAAAUUUCUUUAAAUCAUUAUAUUGAUUUAAUUCCUUCAGCAACUGAUUAUAAUCUUUGUCAUUUUUGGUCGAAUUUUGAAAUUGGUAAUUUGAAUUUUUUCCGUAAUCAAUCAUAUGAAACUUUUUUCCAAUAUUUAGAUUAUACUGGUGGGUUUUAUUAUGAACGUUGGGGGGAUGCACCAGUUCAUACUAUAGGAUUAAGUUUAUUGGUUGAUAAAGAUUCAAUUCAUCAUUUUGAAGAUAUUGGAUAUUAUCAUGCACCUUAUUUAGCAUGUCCUCUGGCUGAUGAUAUAUUAGCUUCUAAAAGAUGUGUUUGUGUUUCUCGACAAUCAGAAGAUAAAAUUAAUCGAACCAUUGAUACUAAUGUAUAUAGUUGUUUACCUCGAUGGUGGAAAUAUGGUUCUGGUAAAAGAUUUCUUAAUCAGAUUGAUUAUAAACGGGAUUAA